UUUUGCCCCAUUAUUGUAAAUUAGUAUACCUAUAGAACACGAGGGAAAGGUGCGAAGGACAUAAACACCUAUCGAGCACCUCUCACAAGCGUUGGUUGUUACGUUUAUAUUUAACGGUGCGAGUUCAAUGUUUGUGUCGUUAAAUUCCAUGUGAAAGAAACUGGGACAAUUUACUAUUAAAGUCUCCAUACGCCCCUGUUACGGUGUGUAACGUAAUCAUAGCCAUGGCGACUACUGCUUCGUCGCGGGUAGACGAACUCGUACAGACUGUCACCCUUCAUAAUCCUCGAAAAUUGCUAUUCACGGGAUAUAUUUUACCCUCUGUGAUAUUACACGCUGCGUGGAUUUAUAGUUGGAUAUUUAUUUAUGGGAUUGAUGAAUACUAUGACGCGGGCCUAGUGGGUAUCGCGGCUAUUGGUGUCUUACAAAUUUUUAUAUGUUUGUGUUGCCAAUGGUCGGUGCAUAUACAUACUUUUCUCAAUUGUAGUUCGGAAAAAGAUCCUUACAAAGCAAAAAUAGCAAAAGUAAUUCCAACUCCUAACAAUGGAAGUUCAGAACUUGUUAAGUUACACCAUUCCAAUGAACAGGAACCAUGGUUCAUAUUUCAAAAAACUAAAUACCUUUGGAAUCCAAAUAAAAAAUGUUUUGAAGGCCUUCAAUAUCCAAUUAAUCAUUCUGUUAAACAUUAUUGUGAAUGGAAAGGAUACUUGGAUGAAAAAGAUAUUGCCAUAGCAGAGGAGAAAUACAGCAAGAACAAGUUGGAUAUGGUAGUACCAGAAUUUAAGGAGUUAUUUAAAGAAAGAGCAAUUGCACCAUUCUUUGUUUUUCAAGUAUUUUGUGUCGCAUUAUGGUGCUUAGACAAAUAUUGGUAUUACAGUAUCUUUACUCUUAUUAUGCUCAUUAUGUUUGAGUGUACAUUGGUACAACAACAACUUAGAAAUAUGGCUGAGAUCAGAAAAAUGGGAAAUAAGCCAUAUAUGAUAAUGGUCUAUAGGAACAGAAGAUGGCGUUCUAUGUUCACUGAUCAGCUACUUCCUGGUGACAUUGUAUCAAUAACAAGAUCUCAAAAUGAUAAUUUGGUGCCAUGUGAUAUGUUACUUUUAAGAGGACCUUGUGUAGUUGAUGAGAGCAUGUUAACAGGAGAAUCAGUUCCACAAAUGAAGGAACCUAUAGAAGAUAUUGAUGGAAAUAGGCAACUGGAUAUAGAAGGCAGUGAUAAACUCCAUGUACUUUUUGGAGGCACGAAAGUUGUGCAACAUACUCCACCUAGUAAAAAUUUAUCUGGCCUUAAGGCGACUGACAAUGGCUGUGUAGCCUACGUUUUACGUACCGGAUUUUCAACAUCACAAGGCAAACUUUUGAGGACAAUACUCUUUGGGGUUAAACGCGUUACAGCUAACAAUUUGGAAACAUUCGGUUUUAUUUUAUUUUUACUAGUAUUCGCGAUUGCAGCUGCAACAUAUGUAUGGAUUAAAGGAAGUGAGGAUCCUACAAGAAACAGAUAUAAAUUAUUCUUGGAAUGUACACUUAUUUUAACAUCUGUUGUUCCACCGGAACUGCCAAUCGAGUUAUCAUUGGCUGUCAAUACAUCUCUGUUAGCUCUAUCAAAGCUAGGUGUAUUUUGUACCGAACCUUUCAGAAUUCCAUUUGCCGGAAAGGUUGAAAUUUGCUGCUUUGAUAAAACUGGUACUUUAACCAGCGAUAACUUGAUUGUUGAGGGUCUAGCGGGUAUCGAAGGAAAAGCAGAUGUGGUGCAACUAUCCGAUGCUCCUUUAGAAAGUAUUCAAGUACUUGCAACGUGCCAUUCACUUGUACAGUUAGAUGAUGAAAUUGUUGGAGAUCCGCUUGAAAAAGCUACGUUAAAAGCUAUCAAUUGGAGUCUUACAAAAAAUGAUUCUAUGAUACCUAGAAAAGGACAAUCUCCCGUUUUAAAAAUAGUGCAGCGACACCACUUUUCCUCGGCGUUAAAACGAAUGUCGGUUGUGGCUAGUUAUGCGAUGCCAGGUUCGUCAGAAAUCAAUUACAUGACCACUGUAAAAGGCGCUCCUGAAAUCAUUAAGGAUAUGUUAUCAUCUGUACCCGAGAAUUACGACUCUACCUAUUUAUCGCUUUCCCGACGUGGAGCAAGAGUAUUAGCUCUAGGAUAUCGAAAACUUCCUGGUCCUUUAUCGUCCCAGGACCUACGAGAAUUAACACGAGAUCGUUUAGAAAAAAAUUUGACCUUCGCUGGAUUUGUAAUUAUAAGCUGCCCGCUUAAACCUGAUUCUAAGGCGGUUAUUAAGGAAAUCGUGAAUGCGUCACAUUCAGUUGUUAUGAUUACUGGCGACAAUCCCCUGACAGCUUGUCAUGUUAGCCGUGAAUUACAUUUUACUAAAAAACCAGUUACGCUUAUAUUGACUACUUAUGAUGGAGAAUGGAUAUGGGAAAGCGUGGAUAAAAAGAUAAAUUUACCUUUAACUAAGACGGAUGUUACUUCUCGGGGUAAUGAGAUUUGGCGAAAAUAUGCUCUGUGUUUAACCGGAGAGGGUUUAACAUAUUUGAAUGAAAAUGAACACGAGCUUCUUCGUAAAUUACUACCGCACAUUGUUAUCUUUGCAAGGUGUGAACCAAAACAGAAAGAAUUUAUAAUUGUCCAAUUACAAAAUUUAGGGUAUACAACAUUAAUGUGCGGAGAUGGCACUAACGAUGUUGGUGCUUUAAAACAUGCUCAAGUGGGUGUUGCAAUCCUUUCUAGUCCACCAGUUCUUUCUGAAAGAACAUUUUCAGAUAAGCAAGAUAGUAUGAAAACUGAAAAUAUGAUCUCAAAUUCAAUGGUUAAUGGUUCAAGAAUGAAUACAAGAGGAUCCGCUAAUACUCGAGUAAGGCUACAGAAAGUAUUAAAAGAACUGGAAGAACAAUCUGUUAUAGUUAAGUUGGGAGAUGCUUCAAUUGCCGCGCCGUUUACCAGUAAAAUGUCAUCGAUUCAAUGCAUUUGUCAUGUUAUCAAACAAGGACGUUGUACUUUAGUCACAACAUUACAGAUGUUUAAAAUUUUGGCGCUUAAUGCAUUAGCACUAGCAUACAGUCAGUCUGUCUUGUAUUUAGACGGAAUCAAAUUCAGCGAUGCACAAGCGACAUUGCAAGGUGUUCUUCUGGCUACUUGCUUCUUAUUCAUAUCAAGAUCAAAACCGCUAAAAACAUUGUCCAAACAAAGACCGCUUCCAAAUAUAUUUAAUUUGUAUACCAUAGCUACUGUAUUACUUCAGUUUGCUGUGCACUUUUUGUCUCUCGUAUAUCUGGUUAGAGAAGCUACAUUAUUGUCGCCAAAGAGCGAUAAAUUGGCAGCUAUACUAGCCCCAAGUAAUGCAUCCAAUCUAAACAUGACUGCUACUGCAAGCUCGAAUUUCGGUGAUGAAGGUGAACAAUUUGAACCAAAUUUAUUAAACAGUACAGUUUACAUUAUUGCUAUGGCACUCCAGCUUUCUACUUUUGCAAUUAAUUAUCGGGGUCAACCCUACAUGGAAAGUUUAGUACAAAAUAAAUCCUUAUUGUACAGCCUUAUAUGCAGUGCUGCUGUUAUAUUGGGAUUAGCUUGUGGUCUUUUACCUGAACUAGCAGCACAAUUUGAAAUUGUGGAUUUCCCAAGUGAUUUCCGAAAACUCUUAGUUCAAGUACUUGUAGCAGACUUUGUCCUCGCAUAUGUAGUCGACAGAGUUUGCUUAUGGCUUUUUGGAGAAGGAAGACAUCAAAAACUGUGAUUAUUAUGUUGUUUCCAUAUUCCAUCAUUAAAUUUAGAAAUGUAUGAAACAUUCAAUAUAAAAGUUUGUUUUCUCGUAUCACAAAGAAUAGAUUGAUUAUGUGGUAUUAGUUGUAUAUGUUGUUUGAAUAUGUUAUAAUAUACUUCUAUGAAAUACAAUGUUUUUUAAAAGACUGACCAACAUGCCAUUGAACGGAUACUUAAAGACAUUUAUUUCAUUCAUUGUUUUGUAUUAAUAAUACAUUUAUUAUCCAAUUCAAAAGUUGUAAAUAAUUCUUUGUGAAACGAAGAAAUUGAAGAAAAAAAAUGGAUAUACCCAUGUAUACAUACGAGUACAGUAUUAAGAAAAUGGUGUUACGGGGAAGGGGAGGCCUAUAACAAACGUUAGGAACCCCGGAACUCGCGAAAGUGGACCACGCUCGGUACUGUACAUAGUAUGUGUAUAUUAAUGAAUGUAAGUAUUAACAUAUAAAGUGAAAUAAUAAGAAGGACAUACACUGUGAGAAUGUACAAACGACAAGUAAAUAAUUAAUACAUAAUACUCCAGUUAUUAUGUAUUAUUAUUUAAAAGCAGUGUAAGUAAAAGAAACAAUGUACCUUGAAAACUUGGUUUACGAGAUACGAUGAGCUCUCGUAAUAUACUGUGAGGGUAUCAAAAAUUGAGUUAAAAUAUUAUAUUCCAAGAAGAAAUUAUUAUAAAGUUACUUUUGAUUAAUGUAAAACUUGUUAGUUUGUAAUUUCUAAAUUUAAUACGUUUGGUAUUAUGUUUCAAGCAAAUAAUUUUCACAAAAAUCUCAGAAAAUGCACAUAAUUUGUGCACAUAUAAAAUAAUUAUAUAAAUUCAAGAAAUAUAAAUUAAGUUAUAUAUAUUUUAUUUUCGUUUCUAUUAGAGUAUAGUAAAAUAAAAAUCAAGAGUAACAUCUAAUGAGAAACAAAAGAUUUUGCCAAUCCAAUUUUUUAUUGUAUAUCUAGCUAGAUAAAUUUUUAGCUACGAAAAAUUAGAUAUGUUAAUGUUAAAAUUGCAACAGAAGUGAUUAUGGUAUUUGUGAAUUUUCAUACAGUUAAUGAUUACACCGAUGUGUGAUCGUAAUUAUAAAUAAAAUUUGCACUUUUAAUAUAAACACUUUAUACUUUACUAUCAUGUUAUGAAAAUGACAGAUUUUGGAAAUUGAAAACUUUGAACUUAUUCUGUAAUUCAGUUUCUGAGAUUAUAAAAUGUUGCGUUUCUAUGCGAAGUUAAAAUGAUUAUACAUCGUUCUUAAUAAUUCAAACUAUUUUAAAGUUUUUACAUUAACAUUCCAAUUCUGUUGAAAUUUUACAUUUCAACGAGAAACGUAUCUCUGAAAUAAAUACACGCGGCGUUAUUUGAAAUUUAUUUCAAGACUAGAAUAAUACAUUUACGUUCCUACUUGAACGAUAAAUAACAACAUAUACGCGGUAUAACAUUAUAGAUUUAACAAAUGUACAUCAAUGUUGCGGUCACUUGCAAAUCGAACAUCUUACGUUAUAAUACAAAUUUUUACCGCAUCGUUUUUCAGAUCAAAAUUCUACAUGAAAGCUGAUUAUACAUUGUUGUCUUACGAAUCUUUGUAAUUAUCUAUAACCAUUAUGAUAAAAUAAUUUGUUGUAAAUAUUA